AUGGAAAGCGUGGCAGCAGCGCUACCCAACGCAGAGACUGCCCCCCUUGGUCUUGGUGUGGAGUUGAAACCUGGAGACAUCAUGGAGGAAGCAGGCGAGCUCGCGAUGACCGUGAAGGAGAUGGCGAACGAAGCGAAGGAGAAAUUGGCCCAGCUUACCGGUGCGGAACAGGAGGCCGGAUGGGGGUGCCAACCUUAA